GUCGAUCGGCCCAGAAUAUGGAGUAAUUUGGCCGUAAAUCAAUAAAGAAAAGUCCUCCCUGCCCGGGCCCCGCGCAUGCUCCUCCGACGCCAUCAGAAGGUCUUCCCAGCGACGAGGUGUAACAGUUGCCGAAGUUUUUUUCAAAGUUUCUCUUUGAAGAAUGAGAAUGGACUGUAAAGUUUAUGUGGGCAACCUAGGCAACAACGCGGCAAAGCAUGAAUUGGAGUCUGCGUUCUCUAAAUACGGGCCCUUAGUCAAUGUGUGGGUCGCCCGGAACCCUCCUGGGUUUGCCUUUGUAGAGUUUGAAGACCCAAGAGAUGCAGAGGAUGCUGUGCGUGCCCUUGAUGGAACGCGCCUGUGUGGUGUGCGUGUAAGAGUUGAAAUGUCAACUGGCCGUUCUCGCCGCGACCGGUACCGCUCCCCCCCCAGAAGAGGCAGAAGAUCCAGGACUAUCUCGCCCAAAUUACUUCUUGUUCCACCACCACCAUCUACUCCUCCUACUGUUGCUACCACACCACCACCACCAACUCCACCACAACCACCACCACCACCACAAGUACUUCCACCACCACCACCACCACCACCACUGCUAGCAUCAGCGUCAGCCUGCUUGUACAGUGGACUUCCAGUUUUGGGUUGUAGGGGUAGAUGGGGCGCCUCAUUGUGGGCGUCCCUCCCACUCAUCACCUCGUACCUCACUGGGAAUGCAACUUGAUGUAUGUCACAUGUUGGAUCAAGUAACUUUCCUAGAUGGUGAAGUAUGAUAGUGUUUUUAUAACUCUCUUGUGCUUCAUUAAUCAUAGGAUGGUAUUGUGUACCAGUGUUGGUAGGGUGGUGGGCCCUGAUCAGCCAAGGCAUGGCGGCGGUGGUGGUGCGCGGCACGUUGCCUGAUGGCCCUCCUACGGCGCGGCACCUCGCGGCACCCGGGCAGCCCUUAUGCGCUUCACGUGUCCUCUUCUCCCCGCCCGUCUACGUCUACCCUCCGCCCACUGCCCGCCCAACGCCCGCCCGCUGCCUGCGCACCGUCAGGCCUGCCCCCCCACCCACCAUCUUGGGUCUCUGACCCUCCAACGUUUGCUCCACUUUCUUACAUUCAUCGCGCCUCGACUCAUCAUAACGACUACCCUGCUGUGACGAUCCCGCUCCCCCCGACGGUGGGGUGGCCGAUCACGGUCUAGGACCCCCAGGCGAACCAGGUCUCGAUCCCCAAGGUCUGUUUCGAGAUCACCAAGGUAUGAUGACUACCGCCGCAGAAGUGAUUCCCCAGACUUUAAAAGACGUAGUCGAUCUCGAUCAUAGACCAAGGACUGAAAGAUGAAGAAUUAAUUUUCCUCAAAAUUACUUUUGUUUGUAAACAGAGGCUGUUGUCUAAGGGCUUACACUAGGCCUGUAGUCAGCAGAAAAUAUUUUCCCACCAUGCUUAGGUAUGAGAAAAUUUAUUAGAUUAUAAGAUUGACAGGAAAUGUCAAUUAUGUCAUGGAAACUGAACUUCAUUUUAUAAAUGUAAAUUCUUGUUUCACACAGUUUUAUUUCUCUUUAAUAAUUUUUUCUCUCACUUUUUCCUUUCUUUGUUCAAAGUCUUAGAUUGUAUUGUAUUCAUUGUAUUACAUUCUAUCUCAGAUGGUUUAGUCAAAGGUCUCAUCAUUUGGAUCCCAAUUCUGAAAAAAAAAAUGUGAUUAUAGCCUUGCUUCUCUUUUCAAACAUGCUAGGUUUAAGCAUUAAUUGAGAAAUUAGUCACUCAUGGCAUUUUGCAUUUUUAAGGUUCUCCAAUUUUUUACGUGCAUGUAUGAAUGGAUGUGUCAUAAUCUUGCCAUACCUUUCUGUAACAAUUCCUUCUGAAGUUUAACAACAGUGUCUCAAUCAAUUGUAGUAGUACAAAUUUAUCUGAAAGGUAUGGAAUGUCCCCUCUAGGAAUAAGGAUUUUGUGAACAAUAAAGUUUCACAGUUCUUUU